GGGCGCCGGAAUGCGAAGGCCUUGCAUGAGAAUGCUGCACACGAUGUCCCGUUUCUGCUCAACUGCGCUGUCUCCCAGCCCCCUCCCACACUGCAAACCCCUCCGGGAAGAGGGUGCGCACAACCGAACCCCGCUAGAGCCCUUGUGCAUCGCCGCCCUGCGUGUUUCCUCGCCCAGGAGGCCCGCUUCCCUCCCUUCGCAGCUCAGCGCGUAAAAUCUUGCUGCGCGCUCCAGGGCUGAUGCGUCCUGCGCCACCCGAGCCGGGGCUGCGAAAGGACCGGGCCGCUCCAGCAGCGCCUCCGCCCUCCGGCGCCCCGCAGUUGCUCCUAGUCCUAAAUCAAACUGGGUUUUAUUUUUGCCUUUAUGAAGCGGGGGCUUGGGAGAGGGGGGGAGGUAAAGGUCCAGGCCCCGGGCCGGCUUCGCGCUCCUCGCGCCAAAUAAAGCCGCUGCGGAGCACUGGAGCAGGUUGCUUGCCUCGGGAGGAGGAGGAGCCGCCGGGCCAGGUCUCGGGGCCGGCCGGGCGCUCGCGCGAGGGGGGCGGGGGCUCUCGCUCGCCGGGGAAAAUGUUGCGCAGGUUCUAAAGUGGAACGGCGGCGGCGGCGUGACUGAGCGCGCGAGGGGCGUGUGUGUGUGCGUGUGCGCGAGGCAGAGUAAGCCCGAGCGAGCGUUGCAAUAACAGCGGCGCAAAAAAAAAAAAAAAAACACCCGAAGAGUCCGCGGCACGCAGACGGACCCCGCGCUGAAUCUGGGAACGGCCGCCUCCUCAUUUCUCCCUGUAUGGAGCUUUCCGCUAUCGGGGAGCAGGUGUUUGCGGUGGAGAGCAUCAGGAAGAAGCGCAUAAGGAAGGGUAAAGUGGAGUACCUGGUGAAAUGGAAAGGAUGGCCCCCCAAAUACAGCACGUGGGAACCAGAGGAUCACAUUCUUGACCCUCGCCUGGUGAUGGCUUAUGAAGAGAAGGAAGAACGAGAACGUGCCUCAGGUUACAGGAAGAGAGGCCCAAAACCGAAGCGCCUGUUGCUGCAGAGGCUGUAUAGUAUGGACUUGAGGAGUGCACACAAAGGAAAAGAGAAACUCUGCUUUUCUCUGUCACGGAGGUUUGGGGGAGGAGGAAACAACUUGGCAGGGACCAAGGGAGGGCAGGCAGAGCUUUCUGAGAAGAGGGUGGAAGGAGGGGUGCUGCCUUUCCCUCUUCGGAAGCAGAACAAGAACCAGAAGUACUUGCGCCUUUCACGGAAGAAGUUCACCCGCAUGUCAAGCCUGGAGAACCGAAAUCGCCGCCGGGAGUUUUUCUUGAAGGAACCAAUGGCACUAGAGGACAGGCAGACCCCCAGUGACUGGGAGGAGACCACACAACCUGCCAACAAAGAGGUGAGCUCUGAUACAGCAGAAGGCUCCCUUUCAUGGAGCCCAGCCCAGCCCCCAAAUGAAGUAACAGUGACGGACAUCACAGCAAACUCCAUUACUGUGACUUUCAGAGAAGCACAAAUGGCAGAGGGAUUCUUCCGAGAUCGGAGCAUCCAGUUUUGAAACUCCAUUUUUAUUUAAUAAUUUUCUGUUUUUCACAUUUGGGGAAUUCCCCUCUCCCUCCUAUGUUUCUAAUCAGAGGGUUUUUUUCUCCUUUAUGGCAGGUGAUUUAAAUAUAUUCUGUAACAAAAUCCGAAAAUUUUCCUUCACAGAUGUUUACAGAGGAUUUUGAUUUUGACUGUUGAUGCCUCGUUGACUUAAUUUUUUCCUGCUCCUCUUUCAAGUACUCAAAAACGACAAAAAAGGCAGUGUGGGGGUGCCUGUGUGUGUGUUUUUUUCUUCAUUUGUUACUAUAGAUAUAUAUAUAGAGAGAAAGAUUAUAUAGAUAUAUUACUUGUCUGUUACUGCUUUGUGCGUUUUGGAAACUGAAGCUCUUUUCAUUGGCAAAGAUCUUUAUUGCAGUGUACUGGAGAAGACGGUCCACUCCUUAUAUCAAUAAUGGUGAAUCAGUGAUUGAAAUGAGACAAUGCAAGUCCAGAAAUAGGAAAGAGGCCAAAUAUCUCUCUAUGCUCUUCUAUAUUUUCAUAGUAUAUUUUUCUUUGUCAGACUACUUCCCUGGUCAGUUCCUUUCCCACAGAUAUUUGUGGACCCUUCUGCUUCAGGCAAGUGGUCCUUGUUCGAUGCUUCCUCCCUUAUUAGUACUGUAACUUGAUGUGGCCUGCAAGUGUCCGUAGUGCUUCCACAAAUGUUGCAGUUUGGAAAGUACGCAUAGUUAUCCUGGUUUGCUUGGUUGUGCACUCAGUGGGAACGCCUACAUUGGUGCUUUCCCCACUCAUGGUUUCUUAUAAACAGGAAUGCAAAAAGCUGUAUGGCGCCGACUAGGUGCAUUCAUGCUGCCCCUUGCUCACCCUGUGUGUGGACCAGUGUUUUUCAAACUCUUCUUAGGAAACUUAUGGUUUCUUGGAAGAUUAGCAGGAGUUUCUCAGUGUUUGCUAUUACCACCUGUCUCUGCAAUGCACAAGCUAAAGAGUUUGUUGUGGAAUGUCUUGAUGGCUGUACUUGGGUUAUGUGGAACCACAGUGAGGCUUGACAACGCAGGCUGUUGCGCUUUCAGAGUUUAUAGCGUGCUGCAUAAUCAUUUGCCACACCCAAGAGUUCUACAACAGACAUGUAGUUUCUCAUAGCUGAAUGUGAAAAGGGUUCUCUUUGAGCAUAAAGUUUGAAAUCCGCUUGUGUAGGCUGUCAAUUCAGUAAUGUGUAUCAGUAUGCUGGAAGAUAGAGGUCCACAGUGCAGUAUGGAGUAUGGGUGUUGGAUACACAUUAGAAAAUUACAUAGUGGACACCUGAAAAUGAGCUGGCAUACAUGAUACCUAAAGAAAAUAAUAUAUUAUCUCCGCCAGCCGGCUAAUGGAAUAAUGAUGUCUAAAUAUUGAGCCACUACAGGUAGCAGGUAAUGACUGAUGGCUUUACGUAUCUUUUUCCUUUUCUCUUUGAAUUCUUAAGCUUUGACUAAAGGUAAAAUUGUUCAGCAGCUGUAAUUUUUGUGUGUGUAAAUAAUUGGAAGAUUUUUGUGCUUAGGUGGCUGCUUCUUCAACCUGUUCUGCUUGGACAUAUCUUCCCACUGUGACUGUGAUGGUGUGUAUACAACUAAGAAUUAUUGGAAAUCAUCUUAGUCAGGAAUCUCUCCUUU